AUGGCCAGGUAUCUAGAGAAAAAUCCCCAACACUGGCAUCCUAAUCACAAUGUGGUGGUGAAGGAGAUUGAGAAUAUGAACAAGAUAAAAAUGGCCGUCUUUCUUAAUCACACAAUGAACUUUCAAGACUACGGAGAGAAGAACAAGCGGAGAUCUGAACUGGUUAUAGAGCUGAAGAAAAUUUUUGAAGAUCUUAAUAUCAC